GUUAUGCGUGUUCUUUGAGACUUCUUUUUGGUUAGAUUUCAUUCUGAUACACACAGAUUUUAUUACAAGAAUAAUAAUCUUGGCACAAUGGCUAGCAACAAACAGUAUGGUCUAAUUUUGCCGAAGAAACAACAGAAAACAACACCAAAACUCAGUAAUGUUUUUGGAGAUGAUAAUGCUUCUGAUGAGGACGACGGCAGCGAUUGGGUUAGGAAGGCUCUUAGAGCAGAAGGUGAAAAAAACAAGAUGAAGAAACAAACAAAACUCAAUAUACAGAAAGCACUGGAUGAAGAUCCAACAAUUUAUCAGUAUGAUGAAGUAUACGAUGCUAUGGAACAUACUAAAAGCAAAGUGGAUUAUAUGAAACCCAGGUACAUUGAGAAUCUCUUGAAAACAGCUGAACGAAGGAAAAAGGAGCAAGAACAUAGAAUAGAGAGAAUGGUACAGAAAGAACGGGAAGCAGAAGGUGAGAUGUAUGCAGAUAAGGAAAGUUUCGUCACAUCUGCCUAUAGAGCAAAGCUGGAAGAGAAUUUAGACAAAAUGAGCAGAUUAGAAGCUAUUGGUGAUGUGACAAAGCAGCAAGAUAUGUCAGGAUUUUACCGUCACUUAUAUGAACAGACUGUCAACUAUCAGGAUCAGAGCAAUAAUGAUGAAACUUGUAAAAAAAAGGAGAAGGAUAUUGAAUCUAGGGAUCAAAAAAUUUUAGCAAAUAAUAAAGAUGAAGCAAGAGAAAAUAUAACAAAUGAGGCAACAAACAAUCUAAAAGCAUCCUCUGCAAGACAUAAAAAGCCAAGGCAAUAUAGACAAAGGGCAAUAGAGACAUAUGAUUCUGAUCUAGAAAGUGAAGCAAAUAAAGAGGAGCAAGAUCAACCUGUCACUCCACCAAUGAACAAAGAUACCGAUAAAUUAGAAAUACAAGAACCAGAGAAAAAGAAACAUAAACUUGGUAGGAAUGAUCUGGAAACAAAUAAAUGUACUACAGAACCAAAGAAUAAAAACUCAGAUGUGACAAAUGAUAAAAUACCCCAGGAGAGUAAGAAAAUUAUUUCAGAGAAUGAAAAAGUUGUAAGUGAAAGAAAAGUUGCUGAUAAGGAGAAUAGAUCUAUCUGGGAGAAAAGAACAGUCGGCUCAGUAUUUGAAGCAGCAUUACAAAGAUAUUAUGCAAGGAAGGCAACUAGGCUGGCUGCGGUAUAGUAUUAAGUAUAAUUUAUAAAUAUUUUAUCAUCAAAAUCAUAUAAUAUACUGUUUUAAUAUUAUUGAAAUUAUAGUUGAUGAAUACCAUCUCUGAAAGUCUCUUAGAUGAUCAAACUGAAGUGAAAUUAUUCCAGUAUCAUAUUUAAACAAAUGUAAUAAUAUUGACUGAUUUGUUAAUUCAUGAUACUUAUAUAAAUUCUAGACUAUUACUGUUCCAUUUCCUUAAUCUGCUGCAAUUGUAAAGUUAUAUAAGAUGGUUCUGUAAUUUUCUACCGUUAAAAAUGUACAAUAAAAUAAUGAAUUAA